AUGUACAGUGCCACAUUGCAUUAUACAGGGGUUCCUUAUCAACAACAUCCCGGAGCUGCCAAGGCUGGAAUUGAUGCUCUUACCAAGCUUUGGGCAGUUGAAUUAGGCCCUCACGAUGUUCGUGUUAACGGUAUCGCAUCUGGACCUAUUAUGGUGCUUGGCUCUCUUGACAUCUUGAUUCAUACCCCGAGAUAA